CCAUUUGUUUCUUGGUCAUUUUUCAAAAGCCUUCUGCUUCAGCCUCUGCCUCUGCCUCUGCUUCUCCUUGAGGCUUUUCUAAACCUCCCCAUAAUUUUUCAAUUCUCAAUUAACCCCCCAAAACAACAACAAAUCUAGCAAGCAGGCCCUCUCCUUUUCUUGAGGAGGAUAGGGUGGGUUCUGCUCUGCGGAUCUGAUCUUGUUUCAUUUCUAUCUGUCUGAACAACAAAUCAAAUACAGUAUGGGGAUUUUGUUUACUCGAAUGUUCUCUUCGCUCUUUGGAAACCGAGAAGCUCGGAUCCUCGUUCUCGGCCUUGACAAUGCGGGGAAAACCACAAUUCUCUAUCGGCUUCAGAUGGGGGAAGUUGUCUCCACAAUUCCAACAAUUGGCUUCAAUGUGGAAACAGUACAGUACAAUAAUAUCAAAUUUCAAGUAUGGGAUCUGGGUGGGCAAACAAGUAUCAGGCCAUAUUGGAGAUGCUAUUUUCCAAAUACUCAAGCCAUAAUAUAUGUUGUUGAUUCAAGUGAUACUGAUAGAUUGGUAAUAGCUAAAGAUGAGUUUCAUGCAAUUCUGCAGGAGGAAGAAUUAAAAGGUGCUGUUGUCCUCAUUUUUGCCAACAAGCAGGAUCUUCCUGGUGCACUUGAUGAUGCUGCUGUGACUGAGGCCUUAGAGUUGCACAAGAUUAAAAACCGUCAAUGGGCAAUUUUUAAAACUUCUGCCAUAAAAGGGGAAGGUCUCUUUGAGGGCUUGGACUGGUUGAGUAAUACACUCAAGUCUGGAGGUGGCUAACUACUUGGGAGAUGAAAAGGUGAAGGUGCUAUGUUAGCCAAGCCAGAACAAAGAAAGAGGCUUCAUUUUUCAACUGGGAGAAGUUGUGAGAGAGAAUUCAUUCAUGGAUAGAGAGUUAUCUCAUUGAUCUUUCCUCGUAUCUGGAUUCAACUACUGAUAAUACACAUGUAAAAUUUUCAUCAAAGACAUUUAUAUUUUAGUGCAUUAUUUUCCUUGUUUGGUACUCUGUAUUUUUAUAUUUUUCCAGUUGCUGCUUGAUAGGAUGCACCUUUUUGUGGGCUUUGUUACCUUUUUUAUUUUUUUCUAAAUUUUGUUUUAUUAAUUGAAAAAUGAGAGAAUGUUUUGGUUUUA